AUAAAAGAUUUAAUGCCACAUAAUGCAAAGUACAGUCACAAAUUGGAACAGAAAUACAGAGAGUCACCAUCCAGUGCUGGGGCGUCAGUCAGCAUAUCUCAGUGUUGAUACAGAGAGAAGUGGGGGGAAAAAUAGACAGCUCUGUAUUCAUCUACUUUCUAAACUACACUCACUGUAAGGGCCCUUAUCCUUGUAUAAACUAUCUGUAACCUAACUGGUUACAGAUAUCCAAGCGGUGGGAGUGUGCAUGCAAGUGAGAUAAACGACUCCCGGUGAAGUUAUCAAAACGGAUAAAAAUAAUUUCAGAUAAAGUUGUGCACAAACAGUUUCACCUCACAAAGAGAUAAUGAACCAUACGCUCUGAGUGACUGAACAUUUAAUACACUGUUACAAAAAUAACAUGUUCACUUUCUUUCUUCUGUGUACUGAGUUAUUAUGCAGCAGCUAAAUCUCUCCAAGUGGAGAAUUAAAAAAAAAAACAACCUCAAGAGCUCCAGAGCUCACCAAAUGUGUCUAAAUCUUCUUUUUGUCGAUUUUCUGAUUAAACAUGACCGAAUGGCUUCCUUUGCCCAACUAGAUCGGGUCAAUUUGGGUUAACAAACAGAUGGGGUAUUUUUGUACUCUGCAAAGUGAGACAGAGCAUUUCCUAAAAUAUUAUUGAAUGUUUUUUAAUAUACAUUUAGACACGCCCGAACAUAUCAGGCGUUUCUCCGUAAGCCCUCCUUCGGUGGUGAACUUUGAGUCGUGAGAAUGCUCAUUUCCCUGGAACUUGCCUUACCUGCUUUUCUCAUUUUCUGCGGCGUGUCUCAGCAAGGCUGCUCCCGCUCAGACAUUCCUUCCGUGUAAAAGCUACAGCCAGUAGCCGUCACAAAAGAAACGAACGACCAAAUGUCAAAAGCAUGACUCUGCGAAUGCAAGACAAUGUUGCACAUUCAGUUCGUCUUGCUGUGAAUAGCUUCAUGUGUUCUGGCUGCAGCUUUUUGCAGCAUUCUCUAGCUGUUGCACCUCUGCAUUGUUUGUUGCAUUGAAGCCGAACAAUAUGCCGCGUCCUGCUGACUCUGUAGUUGAUAUAGAGAGUUUUCAGUGAUGCCAACAUGCACAUUUUGGAGCUCGUUCCUCCUCCUGCCACCUGCCCUUUAGACGAAUGCACGUCCUGCUCUCCCGGAGAGCAAUGUUCCAGCCGUGUGCGAAAUUUAUGAGAUCCUACACUGAGCAAUCCAAGCAGCAAUGCAGGAUGAGGUCAUUUUGAGGUAGAUUUUAUAGGGUUACAGCUACAGUUUGAAGGAGAACAAAAGAAAACCUGGAAAGGUGCUGGAAAAUGUGCCUCAGAAAGGUAUGACACACGACGCCCUUCCCUCCCCAGCUGAACAGAGCAACUUGACAGAGGGACAAGUGUUGCCAUUGGCAGAGCAGACGCCAAUGGAUUGCGAGCUGGUGCUUUAUUAACUCGUGUUUACAGCUCUGGUUUAAGCUGCCUUCAUCAGAAAUCAGGGAACACUGACAUAUUUGUUGGAGUGAAGGUGGAGCACAUUCUUUCUGACUCAUCCUUCCAGUUUUUUACUCCCAUUUUUUUCUGAAGCAGCUGCAAAAAAAGCAGGUGAUCUAAUGAUGGCCUAAUUGUCAGUCGGUUGCAAAAGAAAAAGCACCUUUCCAGACAUUUUAGGAGGAAAUCUGUGUGAGAACAGAGACUCGUUGGAUGUGAGUGAGGGGAAGGAUGAGCGUGUUUCUGUGCUCCGUCCUCCCUCCGUUGGGACUGUACACCCUGAUCUCACGGUAUCUGCUGAAGAACCCACACUAUCUCCACCGGAAGAAGAAAACAGCUUUCUACUGCACUCAAAUUUCACACCGAGGAGGUAAGAGGGGGGCUGCGGAGGGAGGGAUCUAUGAUCCACGCUGUGCGAUGACCCCAAAGCUCAACGCUUUCCUGAAGACAUAUCCGAGUGGGAUCAAGAAAAUAAAUGGAUCUGGAGAGAAGAUAGAAAAUACGAUGGAGGCGUUCACAAAUGCGCUAGAAAAAGGCUCACAGAUGCUGGAGAUGGACUGCCACCUGACGAAGGAUGGACAUGUGGUGGUUUCUCACGACGAGAACUUGAAGAGGCAGACCGGCGUAGACAAAGACAUCUCCUCACUCAAUCUGGAGGAUUUGCCUCUGUAUAAGGAAAAGCUGGAGGUGGUAUUCAAUGCAGGCCACGAGAACGACAGUGGUACAGACAGAAAGAUUGCUCUACUAGAAGAUGUGUUCAGGACGUUCCCAAACAUCCCUGUCAGCAUCGAGAUCAAGGAGGACAACCCGCAGCUGAUGCGAGAGGUGUCAACCCUGGUUAAACGCUACGACAGGGAGGGAAUCACUCUGUGGGCUUCCGAGGAUGCCAAAAUCCUGAACAAGUGUCGCAGUAUCAACGGCUCUAUGCCCUACAGUUUCUCCAAACAGCGCGGCAUCCUGCUUCUGCUUCUCUAUUACACUGGCCUGCUGCCCUUUGUACCUGUGGGAGAGAGCGUACUGCAGUUCUACCUGCCACGCCUCAUUAACAGGACCUACAUACCCGAAAACCCCGAAAUCCUGAAGAAAAGCUGGGUUGUUUCUUUAAUAGAUAAGACAACAAUGAGAAAAAACCUUUUCAAGCACCUUGCAGACCGAGGGAUACAGGUUCAUUUAUUUGUUUGCAAUAAAAAUGAAGACAUCAAGGCUGCGUUUGACCUGGGAGCCACAGGAGUCAUGACUGAUUAUCCAACUCUGCUCUCUACCUACGUCAAAACACACAUGGGAGUGGAUGAUCCCAACAGCAGCAACACUCCAGAACAACUGCUCUUAGAACCGCAAAAACACCAAAGACUAGAACAGACAUUGCCAGACCAAGGGGGGAAUCCAUGCGUCCAAACUGAACAGGAUUAGUUUGCUGCCCAACACCAACCUGAUAGGACAAGGGAUUCAUUCACUUCUCUCCGUGAAAGAGGUGCACGGAGCCUCGUGCUGGAAGCCCGUUGAAAGGCUGUUUACAUCGUUUUAAACUGUGUGAAUGUGAGGGUGAGUGGGAAUAAAAAUAGCAAUAGGUAUUUUGUUCCAUAUAACACAGUAGGAGUGUAACCGGUAAACCUUUUAUGGGUGCAAACUCAACUUAGGAUUGUAUUUGAAGCGUUGUCAAUUACAAAUGUAUCGAUGGAACCUGACCUGAUGUCAUGUUUUGAUUGUUGAUUCUGUGUUUGAUAUGAUGUAAAGCACUUUGAAAUGCCUUGCUGCUGAAAUGGGCUAUACAAAUAAAAUUUGAUUGAUUGUUUGAUUGAUUGGUUCUCUAAUCACGUAGAACGACCAAUAACAGCCUACGGUGUGAUCAUGUCUGCUGUAUGUAUACAGUCAGGUUGGUAUGUAAAGAAACAGUUGAUGAGCUUUGUCAGCAGUGAAUGUUUAACUAGCCGCAGACCUGGAAACCCAUGAUAAGACACUAAACAAACAUGACUUUGUUUUGACUGGCAACUUUCUGACGUAAUUGAUUGAUUUAGGUGAAUGUUUUGUGUUUUUAGAAAAAAAAAACGGGAUAAAGAAAUUGUGCUUUAGACUGCCGCAUAAAAGUGUUCUUACUCCCUGAACCACAAGCUUCUAUGUGUUUGUGAGGAUUUUAUUUGGCCACAGGUUCUCAAUUGGAUUUAAGUCUCAACUUUGACCAUUCCUGAAUAAAAAGUAGUCAUCUGGAAAAGUAUUUGCAAAAAAAAAAAAAAUACUCAAGUACUAAGUGCUUAAUGCUUACCAUGUGCAAUGGAUCUCACUCACGUCUCUGUUUUCCUAGGCAGCUGUGACCAAAGUCCGGCCACACUGCAACGAUGACAAUCAAUCAGUCUGCUGAUGAAACAAAGGCUGGAUUUUUCUGAACCAGUUCCCUGUGCUGAUUAGUGUGACAGCAAAGUUAAAAUGAUAUAAAGCUGUAAAUCCAGCUUUUUGUCACAUCGGUUCAAGUGGGAGCAAGUUUGAAUCAGAGAAUACGUCUAUAAAAUAAUGUCAUUUGUAAUAUAUUUUGGAAUCAAGUGUUGUGGUAAUGCUUUUCUAAAUCAUUUGUUUGUCAUGUCACAUAACCAGGCCCUCAACUGGUGGUCACCUAAACAGAAACUGUGUAAAGCAUACCUAUUCAAGUACUGAGUAGGUUUCUACGCAAUCUCAUGAGUAGCUGCUCAUGAGAUCUGAUUUUAUUUGUACAAAAUGAUUCAAUCAGAGAGAUGAUUGCCUAACCCUGGUCUGAGCGUCUGCACAGCUUUCCUCCUGACCUGUCAGGUAUGCUGCUUGGUUUUCGUCAGGAUAUUUGCUCACUAAUGUUCUUUAACAAACCUCUGAUGCUUUCACAGAGCCACAGGAUUUAUACUGAGAUUGCAUUACACACAAGUGAACUAUAUUCACUAAUUAUAUAUCAGAUUAAAGAGGGAUAAAUAACAAUCCACAACACACUUUUCAGAUUAUUGUUUGCCAGAAAUGAUAACAGUAUAUUUUACCAAAAUAAAAUAAAGUGAUUGAUGAUGAUGAUGAUGAUGAUGAUGAUGAUGAUGAUGAUGAUGAUGAUGAUGAUGAUGAUGAUGAUGAUGAUGAUGAUGAUGAUUUGUUUCCUUUAACUUCCUCACAACUAUUUUUGUGUGGUUCUGUAAAUUACUUGGAAAAAAUUUUUUAAAGUUAAAAAAUGUGAAACUGUUCGAGAGGGUUGAAUACUUUUCAAGGAACCAGACGUGCACACACACACACACACACACGAUAACAGAGUACUGUUAUCAUGAGGCUAAACAUCUGUGUUUUGUCAAUUUAUGUUACCUAACGCUUACCAUGUGCAAUGGAUCUCACUCAUGUCUUUGUUUUCCUAGGCAGCUGUGACCAAAGUCCGGCCACACUGCAACGAUGACAAUCAAUCAGUCUGCUGAUGAAACAAAGGCUGGAUUUUUCUGAACCAGUUCCCUGUGCUGAUUAGUGUGACAGCAGUGUUAAAAUGAUAUAAAGCUGUAAAUCCAGCUUUUUGUCACAUCGGUUCAAGUGGGAGAAAGUUUGAAUCAGAGAAUGUGUCUAUGAAAUAAUGUCAUUUGUAAUAUAUUUUGGAAUCAAGUGUUGUGGUAAUUGAGAUCUAGCGUCAAUCCUAAUUUUGUCUUUGUUCUGUUUAAUUCAGAGCCAAUUUAAAAAAAUCACAGAAAGAAUAAAAUUCCCUGGACAACACAAACAGCCAAAAUCUAAAAUGGCUACCAUUGUUUCCAGAUAGCUCGAGUAUGUCAUUGUUCUAUAUUUAUUUCUGGUUCAAUGUCAGAAAUGCUAAUAAGUAGUUUAUUCCUCCACCUUUUACUAUGCUUUGUAUAUGUGACCGCCAUAUUGGAUACUG